AUGUCCUAUUACCCCCCUUACUCGGGCCCGCCCGGUUACCCCCCGCAUCAGCAACAGCAACAGCAACACCAGCAGUAUUCCUAUCCUCCGCCAAACUACGGUGCCCCACCAUAUCAGCAACCCAUGCAGCACCACCAUCAGUCCUCCUAUGGCGGCGGCGGCGGGUAUCCCGGCCAAGCCUAUCGCCAACAACCGCCUCCCAACAGCCCCUACCCUUACGGUCAACCUUCUCCGCAGCCUUAUCAUGGAUCGCAGCACCCUCAGAAUGGCUAUAAUCCCCCCCCGCCGGGUUACGGCCAGGCGCCGCCGCCCAACGGAGGCCCCAUGUACCAGGGACGACCCGUCAACGCUUAUCAGAACCCCCAGGGUCAAGGUCGCCCUGCCCCUCCCCCCAGCGAUCCGGUUGCCUUCGGUCAUGGCGCUCCCCAGGGAUAUAACUUCCAGUAUUCUCGCUGCACCGGCAAGAGAAAGGCUCUACUGAUCGGCAUCAACUAUUUCAACCAGAAAGGCCAACUGCGUGGAUGUAUCAACGACGUCAAGAACAUGUCCACAUACCUCAACCAGAAUUUCGGAUAUGCUCGUGAAGAUAUGGUCCUCUUAACGGAUGAUCAGCAAAACCCCAUGAGUCAACCCACCAAGGCCAAUAUUCUGCGCGCCAUGCAUUGGCUGGUCAAGGAUGCUCGGCCUAAUGACUCUCUCUUUUUCCAUUACUCGGGCCACGGUGGCCAAACCCCCGAUUUGGAUGGAGAUGAAGACGAUGGGUACGAUGAAGUUAUCUACCCGGUUGAUUUCCGCCAGGCGGGUCACAUUGUUGACGAUGAGAUGCACCGGAUCAUGGUCAAGACGCUGCAGCCAGGUGUACGGCUGACAGCCAUCUUUGACUCAUGCCACUCGGGGUCCGCCCUGGACCUGCCCUAUAUCUACUCGACCCAGGGUAUCCUCAAGGAGCCCAACUUGGCCAAGGAGGCAGGCCAGGGUCUUCUGGGUGUGGUGUCGGCCUACGCCCGUGGCGACAUGGGCAGCAUGAUGUCAACGGCGGUCGGAUUCCUCAAGAAGGCUACCAAGGGCGACGAAGUGUACGAGCGCAACAAGGUGACCAAGACCAGCCCGGCGGAUGUCAUCAUGUGGUCAGGCAGCAAGGACGACCAGACAAGCCAAGACGCUCAGAUCGCCGGCCAGGCUACGGGCGCCAUGUCGUGGGCAUUCAUCUCCGCUCUCCGCAAGAACCCACAGCAGAGCUACGUGCAGUUGCUGAACAGCAUCCGAGACGAGCUGGCCACCAAGUAUACACAGAAGCCGCAGCUGAGCUGCAGCCACCCCUUGGAUGUGAACUUGCUUUAUGUGAUGUAA